GCUGCUGAGCCUGAGCCCAGCCGAACCGAACCGAGCUAUGGCUAACGUCAAGGUGGCCGUGCGCGUCCGACCGCUGAGCAAAAGAGAGAGUGCAGAAGGAGGAAGAGUGAUUGUAGAAGUCGAUGACAAAGUGGCAAAAGUCAGAAAUACAAAGGUUGACAGUAAGCUUGAUAGCACCUGGGACUCGAGAGAGAAGACGGUGGCCUUCAGCUUUGAUUACUGCUACUGGUCAGUUGAUCCCGAAGAUCCCAAGUAUGCAUCUCAGGAAAUGGUGUUCCAGGACCUUGGCACUUCAGUAUUGUCGGGUGCAUUUAGAGGAUACAACAUCUGCCUCUUUGCAUAUGGACAGACAGGUUCAGGGAAAACUUACACAAUGAUGGGAACACCUGCAUCCAUUGGGCUGACACCUCGUAUAUGUCAGGGCCUCUUUUCAAGGAAGGAUGACUACUCAGAGCAGACAGCAUCUUGCAGAGUGAAGGUCAGUUUCCUUGAAAUCUACAACGAGCGCGUCCGAGAUCUGUUAAAGCAACCCGACCGAAAGAAGCCUUACACGCUGCGAGUGAGAGAGCACCCUGAGACAGGACCCUACGUCCAAGGAUUGACUCAGCAUUUAGUUACAGACUACAAGCAAGUUGUACAACUUCUAGAAGAAGGAAUAUCUAAAAGAAUCACAGCAGCCACGCAUAUUCACAGUGCCAGCAGCAGAUCCCAUGCAAUCUUCACCAUCCACUACACUCAGGCUAUAUUGGAGAACAAUCUCCCCUCUGAAAUCGCAAGCAAAAUCAACUUAGUGGACCUUGCAGGCAGUGAAAGAGCUGAUCCCAGUUACUGUAAAGAUCGAAUUGCUGAAGGUGCCAAUAUUAACAAGUCAUUAGUUACACUUGGAAUUGUCAUCUCCACCUUAGCACAAAACUCUCAGAUGUUCAGCAGCUGCCAGAGCAUAAACACCAUAACCAGCGAAGGGGAGAGCAGUCCUGCAGACAGUCCUUCUGCCGGCAGCGUCAGCGGCGCCAGGCGGCCGGCUUACAUCCCCUACCGGGACUCCAUCCUCACCUGGCUUCUCAAGGACAGCCUGGGGGGCAACUCCAAGACCAUUAUGAUUGCCACUAUCUCUCCUGCCAGCUCCAGCUACAAUGAGACCAUGAGUACCUUGAGAUAUGCUUCAAAUGCCAAAAAUAUUAUUAACAAGCCCAGAGUGAAUGAGGAUGCAAAUGUAAAACUGAUCAGAGAACUGCGAGAAGAAAUCGAUAGACUGAAAACCAUGCUGAUGAGCUUUGAACUGAGGAAUUCCAGUCCGUCUUGGAGUGACGACAGGGACGGAAAUCUCACCGAGCUGGUUCUUCAGAAUGAGAUGAAGAUCGAGCAAUUGACCAAAGACUGGACAAGUAAGUGGACAGACAGAAAAGCCAUCAUGGAGGAAUACAGUGUGGACAUCAACAAAGAAAAAGCUGGAGUAACAAUAGAUUCUAGUUUACCUCAUCUAAUGGCCAUGGAUGAUGAUAUCCUCAGCACAGGAGUGGUGCUGUAUCAUCUCAGGGAAGGAACAACCAAAAUUGGGAGAAGUGAUUCAGACCAAGACCAAGAUAUUGUUUUGCAGGGGCAGUGGAUUGAAAGGGAUCACUGUUUGAUAGACAACUCCUGCGGGGUGGUGACGCUGCGGCCAGUUCAGGGCGCGCGCUGCACGGUGAAUGGCUGCGAAGUCACUGCCUCCUGUCGCCUGUCCCAAGGAGCCCUUGUUGUUCUUGGCAAGUCUCAUAAGUUUAGAUUCAACCACCCAGCAGAAGCUGCUAUCUUAAGACAAAGAAGAUCAAUUAAUGGAACCCCAGCCAUUCUGAGUUGUGGAGCUUUGGACUGGCUCAACUUGGAUGGAAGCUGCACCCAUUCUCCUCUUGAUAUCCUUUCUUCUCUUGACAAUCAAAAAUGUAGAAACUGUAAAGCAAAUGAAUGUCCUCCUGAACCAAGCAGAGACAUAGAUGCUGUGCAUGAAGAGUACCAGCAGAAACUGAGGGACCAGGAAGCUUUCCACAGGAAACAAAUUCAACGGCAGCAGCUCUACGUUGAGGAUUUAAAGCGACAGAUCCUGAGAGGACAGCUCAAAGCAGAGAGGGAACUACAAAAUGACCAAGCACUACUCAACCAGCAGAUCCAAGAAAGCCAGCAGUGGCUUAUAAAGGAGAACAACCGACUGGCUGCCCUGCAGCAGCAGCAGAGGGAGUCGGCGGUGCAAACGGAGCCUACGCUGUACGCAGAGGCUGAGGUGCAGAGCACCCCUGGGCUGGAAACCUGCCCAUCCCUGCUCCAGCAGAACAAGAAGAGACUGGUGCAGCUGGAGCUCCUGCAAACAUACUCCUUAAAAAAGGCAGAAAGAAACAUAAGGCGUAAAAAGGUGAAAUUCCAGCUGGAAAGGAUAGUCAAGAAGCAGAAGCUACUGGAAGCUAAGCGGAACCUAGAGCAGCUGGAAUCUACCUGCUGGCUCAAUGAAGAGUGUGUGAAACAAUCCCAGGUCUUAAAUGAAAACAGUGCUGUCUUGUCCUCUUUGGAUCCCCAGUUGCAAAAGAGAAGGAAGACAUUGGGUUGGAGUUCCUUGCAGCAUUCGUCCUGUAACCCACCUCUGCCCUGGGUACCCGGCUGUUUGUUGAAGAGGGAGACUGUCUCCAGGUUAUCUACCUCACCAAAUAUUGCUCCAUGCUGUGAAGCCAGGACAACAGGGAGGUUGUCAUCUGCACAGUGUCUUUACAGAAGAGGUAAGGAUGUUUCUGAGAGCGAUGACUUCAGUGAUGAAAAAGGGAUCUCCUUUUCAGUCCAGAGGCAGCUAACUGAAAAACAAAACCCAUCUUCUUCACCUGGAAAUACAAAAGGAGCCAAAAAAGACUGUAAUGAUUCAGCUGUCAUGGCCUGUGUCAGUAAAAAUGAUCCCAAAAUUGAGAAGUUGGAUGACAACCCAGGGCAAACUGGAUCUCAAAGCCAGACCUCUAAAGGCUCCUCUCCUGAUCCUUGUAAGGAGAAAGACGAGCCCGAAACCUUUAUUGCAGGGACAAGAAUGACAAAAGCAAAGGUGCUAGGAGAUCUCAGUCAGCCUGCAAGUAGCAACCCAGAACAACACAGAGCUCAGGUAUCCAAUACAAAGGCUGGGAUGGAUCUCAGUGCAAAUGGCCAUAGGUCUUCUCCAGAAGCCUUCCCUGAAGAAACGAAGGCAACAGCGUAUGGAAACCCACAGUCAGUGCAUCUAAACCAAACACCCAAGAACUGGAAGACAGCACCAAACUCAGCAUUGCCAAGUCAGGAGAAAUCCUGGGUGGCACAGCAACAAUUUCUGACGGAGGCAACGUCCGUAGGAAACCUCACCAAGGUGAACAGCCAGGCGCCGCUCUCUCACGUCCAAAAGAAGUGGCACAGUGCCGAGAUGCUCAGUGCUGCAGCGGCCAAAACAGCCCCAGAUGUGCUGGGGAACUGGCAAGAGGAUGAUGAGAAUGAGGUUUCUGACACUGACAGUUCCUACUCCGUGGAUUCUCUCUCCUGUGCUUAUGCAAAAGCCUUCACGGAGAAACUCAAACGAGAAGAUCGGGACAGAAAUCAGUGUCCUGCCAACCCCGAGGAUUCUGAGAGCGAUGACAGUCAAAUGUCACAAGACUCUCUGGUAGAAAAAGAAAAUAAAGCCAAAAGGCAAAGCAGAAGGCGAGUUCACAAGCCAAAGGCCAACUGUGAGCCAGCAAAGCUUUACAGAUGCAGAACCGACCCCCACGUCUCGACUCUGGUGCCAUCGUACGCGGCUCACAGGAGACUGGGGAAGCCUGAAAGAAGCUUUUCUCUGGACAGCUUAGCUGAUGGAGAGGAGAUGCCAGCAGAAGAUCCCGUAGAAGAAGCCAAAUCUGAUUCAUCUGAUGAAGUGCCAGCAGAGAUUUUUUGGAAGUUACAGGCUCCUAGAUCACCAGCUGUCCAGGCUGAGGGAGGCCAUGAGUGCCACACAGACACAGAAGGGGCAAAUUAUGACCUAAAGCUGAGCAGCUCCUUUUAUUUGGACACUAAGCCCCAGCUUGCUUCCAUCAAUGCUUGCAAGCAGUUGCUGAAGGGGACAAAAGUCUCCUUCAUAGAACAAGAAAGGUCUCUUGAGAGAAGACUGUAUUACACAAGUGGAAACCCUUUGCUUACUACUGAUGCUUGGCCUUCCCGUGACUCAGAGCUCGACAUCGGCAGCCCUAGAAUAACAGCACCUUCUUCCCCUGAAAACCUGGAGUUUCAAGAAGCUCAUCCAUGUUCUUUGAACAACCCAGAGCUUUGGCUGAAGAAAGAUGAUCUAAAGCAGUCAGCUGCUGAGGUUUCUUUCAUUUCUGGCUCCCAGCAGAUACACAGUAUUACUCACUUAUCACGUCGGAUAAACCAGCUGAACACAGUUCUGUCCUCUGACACAUCAGAAAUCCCUCUACCCGAAACAACAGCUGCAAGCAGAGGUUCUGAGAGUGGAUCAGUAAAUAAGAUCCUUAAGGGAUGGAGCAACUCUAAUGAAAAUUCUUCCUUGGAGUCUCAAGGUGUGACAUCCUCAUUUGUUAGCUCAGUAGGACCAAGCUCCUCUUUCCUUCCUAUUUCAGCAAAGCACGAUUAUUAUGAACACUCAAGGUCAAACCAUCCAGAACAAGAAGAGCUGACUGAAUUAUCUGCUUACAGGCCUGCCACUGAAUGCACACAAACGUUCAGCUGUUCCAGUGCUGCAGCCUGCUUGUCUCUGGCCUUCAGGAAACAGGAGGAUUCUCUCCCCACAGCUCAUCCAGAGCUGCCAGAUGGCAAUCUGAAACCCUCACCUUUUAUUUCUGUGUUGCCUCUGCACACGUUGGAGCAGAGAAAUGGCUGUGGAGGUGCAGACUUAGAGGAUGAUUUCUUCGCAACUUUAAACGGUGACCUCCACAGUGACUCCAGUAGCUUGAUGACAGGCUCAGGCAGCGGAGGCACAUCCAUCAGUGCACCUGCUGCUGAAUCUUCUGCUCAUAACAGCAGCUCAACACAGACAUCCACAGUAAAACAAGUCCAAUUUGGGAACCAUGGGCAACUUUUUCCAAGAAGGGAAAUACCAACACGAUGUGAGGAAGGUUUCUUUCUCGGUGACUUAACAAAGAACUGCUCCCUGGUAAGCAGUUACGAGCUUCAGGCGUUGUCUGGACAAGGAGCAGAAUCAGCUGUUACAGUAGGUCUCCUCAGAUCUGGGGGGAGUAAUUUGGGAAUGGAUUAUGAACAAAUACCUGCAGAAGAAAUAAGAGCAGAGACUGAUUUCUCCUCAGAGGAGACAACGUAUCGGUGCAACCCUGCUGCUCACCGUGCGGGUUACGACCAGUCUGCAACGCCCAUAGAGACGUCCCAGAAAGAGAUGAUCUGUCUGGAAACAAGCACAGACAGCUUGGCAGAGAUUGUGCCAGAGGUGCCUUCAGUCAGAGGUGAUGAAGAAUAUGAACCAAAGGACGAAGACUUGUCUUCACUGAAUGGUUACGAAUUCAAGAGCAAACCCGUUUCAGGAGAGUGUUCCCGUGAAUGUGCGCUGGUGGCCACUCCUGCAAGUGCCCUGUCCCAACAAAGUCCAGACAACUCUGUGUUGUGCAUCGAGAGCAGAAGAGAAGAGAGCAGUGAAAGUCCAGAAUACAAUGUCUUGAAUUCCCAGGCUGUAGUUCAGAAAGACUUUUCAUCCAAAUAUGAAAACGUGGUGAUAAAUGAAGUCAGUUACCUCAUAGUGAGCGUCAGCGGGAAAGACACCGAGUCCUUCCCGGCUGCUGGUCGUGAGACUACAAAGGAUUUGCUCCCAGAAUCCAGCUCAGGCCUGUUUUACAAGGCUCCAACUGAAGCAAACCUUUUCCAAAGCGCAUCUGAGACUGAAAAUUAUGAUAAUCUAUUGGAGCACAUCACGGUGGUGAAAGGAGAUGGUGAUGCCACAUCUGAUCUAACUCUGGAAGCCAGUGCCCCGGCCAGUUGCUGCGACGUCCACGCUGGCUGCCUCUGCACAACGUGCUCUUCAAAGUCAGCAGGGCAGAAAAACAGGACGUGUGAGACGACUGACAUGGCUGUGGAAUUUGCUGCAGCUGUUCUCUUGGAAGCAGAACCACAGAACAAAGCUUCCCUUGAAUCGAGAGAACAGAAAGAAGCUUUCUUUGCAAGUCACUGCCCAGAGGAUAUCUUGCUUGUCGAAGAUGGUGCAAACCCCGAGUCAGGAAGAGUAUUUGAUUACAACACAAACACAUCAGCUACUGUUUCUCAGGAGGAGAGUCUGUGCAUCAAUGAAGAGUCCAAGUUUUUAAGAAACCCAGAAACUGAUCCAGAAGCAGCUUUGGUUCCUCAUCAGAAGAGGAAAGCAAACCCCGAUGAAGAAACGACAGAUUUCAUCAACAGUGCAACCAGCUUAAAAAAACAUGCAUUGGAGAUUAAACCCACACAGAGUGAAAGUUUACCUGACUACCCAGCAACCAAGGGCCAGAGUGAAGACAGGAGCAGAGAGGUUUAUAAGAGCAUCAGCCUGUCUCCAAAGAAAGCCACUGAUAGUGUAGCUUGUGAAGCUCGGUGCGAGUUCUACACAAACCUGUGCCUGACGCAUGAAGAGGCAGAGAAAGAUGAAGUGCAGGUAGCCAGCACCGGGGCAGAACACACUCAGGAGCUGAAACCACUUGUGUGCUCUGACAGCCAGCUUGAAACAAACAGCUUUUGCCAAAAAGAAAGGAGCAAGAACGUAGAAAAGGGUGUUUAUUCACCAGAGUUUUCUGUUGCUCCCAAAACCACUCCUUCACCUGCAUGUUCCCACACAGCAGAUGCUGCUCAGAACGCUUCAGGCUUCCUUGAUGCAUGUGAGGGGCUUUUACAGGUGAGCAGCAGAGCAGAAGAUGUGUUUAAGGCAGAGGCUGCAGCUGCAGCAGCACUCACGGCAAGCAGGCAAGGAAGUGUGUUGUCAGAACCCAACAGUGAUGGACGGGGGAGUUGCAGCGAUUUAACUGAGCGGUGUGUACCAAGCUGUUUGGCUCAGGAAGACGAGGUGAAUGGAUGUGAAGUGGCUGGGAGUGAACAGCAAAUCACCACCAUGAACACAAUCAUCACAAGGCAAGAAGUCCUAUGCACAGAGGAAGUUUUACUCCCUGAAGAGCCCCCAGCUCUACAGCAGUAUUGUGACAGAGAUGAGGAGGAGGAGAUUUUGAGUCAGUUUAAGAUCCCUGAGAGAUACCUGACAGCUUCAGGUCCAGAGCAGAACACACUGCUGGGAGGUGAUUCAAGACACCAAGACCCUGCUGAUGUGAGUGAGGACGGUGGCUCAGUGGCCUCCUUUACACAUCCAAGAAAUGCAGCUGGGAAAGACACCGACCUACAUGAAUCUUCAGUUGAUGCUGACCAAUAUAGAACUGAGCAUGAACUGACAAGUCUCCGCGUGAAAGAGGACAGCCAGACAUAUAUGAGCUGCUCUGUGGGAUAUCCUGAGCAGCGGACUUCAGAGAGCUUGAACACAAGUGUUGUUGGAAAAAAACCUGGUAUUUGUGAAUUGGGUCCAGGAGGCUCCAGAGCUGAGGAGGAGAAAGGGCGUUUGGUGAGUCUGGUGCAAACAGCCAACACAGACAGAGAGGAAGGAAACACAGAGGAGGUAGAACUGAUCAUUUUACAAAACCUGGACGAGCUGUUCCCUGACAACAAAGACAGCUGCCAAACGACACACAGUGACAGCAGAUUGAAUGAACUCCUCAGAGAAAGCCAGUGGGUGUCUACCAGCUUUUCUAGAAAGAGUGAAGAUGCCAGCAAGCAACAGAUUCCAGCAGCAAGACUGAAGUCUACUGGAAACAACAGAGAAGGUUCACUUCAAGACUCCCCAUGCCAGUCUGUAAAUCCCCUCUCCUAUCUUGGAGUAAGUGAGGAGUCCCAUCUUGUUGCAGAUGUUCCUGCUGCGUUGAAAAGCCCUACAAAAGCAUCUGACAGCAGUGUUGGAGCUGGAGCUGUUCUCCCAUACUAUGAAACAUUAAUGGGGAGCGAGGUCUGUGUUGGUAUGCCUGUUACAGCCCACACCAUGGGAGAAGGCAAACAACUCCCUCAUCAACCACAAAGUAAGAAUGUAGGUUCUCUGCAAAGCAGGACCAGGCAGGGAGAAGAAUCCUCUGUAUUUAACGGUGCUUAUGCCCAAUCUGUGCUCUCUGUCAAUGGGAACAGCUCUCCCACUCCUCACAGUGCAGGUGGUCCCGAGGCUCAAACUGUGGUACUUCCACAAAGGGCCAAAGCAAACUCAUUUUCCUUGGAAACAUUAGAUCCUUCUGAAGAUGUAAUUCGGGAUGUUAACAAUGCUGGUGAAGAACUCUGUGUGGACUUCAUGGUUAAUGAACUGUCAAAAGCCUGCCUGAGUACCACAGAAGAUCCAUCUCGGGAGGAAAAGGGUACCCUCGUGCCUGACUCAGUGCUCUUGGAUGAUUCAAACCUGCUUCCUUCUUCAGAGAAAGAAGUGAUGGAAGAUAUGGUGUGGGGGGAAAGGCUUUCCUUACUAGAAAUCUCUUCACAAAGCAUGUCCCACAAUAUUCAUACGACUCAGAGUGUAUUAUUUCACUUGGGGAGUCUGUCACAGCACGAUGAGGACAAGUUUUUAAGGCCAAGCUAUAGGACAAGCAGGAGUAAAAAUGAAACUGCAGAGUUUCCUGGUGCAGCUGGAUAUCAGCAUGAGCACAGAGAGGACCAGAGACAGGGGACUGGUGAUAAAUGCUGCGCAGAUCAGCUGGGCAGUGCAGUUUCUGAGCAGGCUUCAACCCUUUCAGAAGGCGUCAACAAGUCUCCAUGGGAAAAUCCCCACUAUAGUCAAGAGAUUCUAAACUAUAAUAGGAACUCAGGCACUUCUGAAUGUUCUCCUGGUGUCCUGAGUCAUCCAGCAUCAACAGCAGCUCUUUUGCUUGCCAGUAAUGGAGACAAAGGUAAAAAUGAUGCCGUUCUCUCCGAGGAAACGAGGUACUUGGAAAGCGAAUCGAAUGCAUCUGGAGCUUUUCCUGACCUUUCUCAAAAAGGAGACGAAAGGAAAAAUCAUUGUGCAGCUGCAGAGGCCACGUAUGCUGAGAAGGAUCAGCUCUGUGAGAACGUUGCAGGAACAGGUCAAAAGGAGAAAAUAAUUGAAGGUUCUUUUCAGGACUGCAGCGACAGAAAAGAAAAGAAGACUGCUGAGUACUUGGAACACUACAGUGACACUUGUAGUGUGAGCGUGACUCUACCAGCACUGGGCUCCCUUCCGUGUCAGAGCAGAGAUCUGACUGGCAGGAAACAAUCCAAGUCUCUUCCACUCCUCUUUGCAGAAGAUGCCCCAGCUGAGGCACCAUUUCAGAGCUCCAAGAACCUCGGUGCUUUCGACACUCCGCGUUUGCUCGACAGCUCCAAGUGUCUGGUGUUUAGUCAGCUGGAGGACUCGCCUGCAGCCACUUCUUUGGCUGAGCCAGUGUCCUCUGGCUCUGCAGGUGUGUGCUCUGGAGAAGCAGGAGAUCUUCCUCCAGCAUUUGCAUCCCUAAGGCAGUUUCUGGAAUGCUCUUCAGCUGCAGCUGGAGGCCACGGUGAGACCGGCACGUGCCGUCUUUCCCACGGCAGCAGAGUGAAACCCUCCCCGUUUGCCACUUUGCAAGCACAGGACACUCAGUCUGACAAGGCUGUGGUAUUUGAUGAGCCCCUGCGUGCUUCAGGAAGCAUUUUACUUUCUCUUGCAAAAGAAAACAGGCAUUGCCCAGUGUCAGACACAGGCUCUGAGCCAUAUAAAAACUCUGCUGUAGGGAGGGAACCUGCAUAUGGAAGUGGCUGUAAAAAAACCGCCAGAGACACGAAGGUUGAUCGGCAGCGCUGGGCUCAAGUUCCACCACAAGAAGCUCGCACAGGACGCACAGAUGAAGCACCAAGUGCUGGUUUAUCACCAUCAGUACCUUUCUGGGAUACUGGAAGGUUAGCUCUUGUUAAAGAGGCACAAAUGAGAGCAAUGCUUCAGAGGAAUGAGGAAGAACUGCAACCAGGUACCGAGGAUGAACAUCUGGCAGCGAAGACAGAGCAGAGGAAAGCAUUCAGCAGAGAACGUGCUGAAAAGCAAACUGAUGUGUCCUCAGAUUCCUUGAAUGAAUUCAGAGGCUCAGAAGUGACAGUGUUGGCAAAUCUGUAUCUGGGAGAUGAUGAUGUGGAUGCUGACCACACCUGCAACUCCUUUAGUCUGACAUAUCCCACGUACAGCAGACGACUCCCAGGAGACCCCAGACGACUGUACCACACCGUCUUGGCUCUUGGAAAGACCCCUGUAGAUCUGCAAGGUAAUUAUCAGUAUGUGCCCACAGGUGAACAGAUGCCACAUAAAACAAACACAGAGGGUAGAGAAGAGACUGGACUUUGCAAGGACAAUACAGGUUUGAGCGUGGAGAGCCCUGCUGCUGAUGCAGACAAGUGUUCAACAACAGGAGAUGCUACAGUGAGGAAUGAGACUCUGAAAUCAGAAAGAAUAACGUUUUCUGCAGUGAAUAAUGAAAGUACCUCCAGAAAGCUUUUACCAGAAAGCAAUGACUUGCCUCCCCAAGAACCCAGAUUGGUGCAGUUCAGGAGCAAAAGACCAUAUUCCCCUACACGAGAUACAAAGAGCUGCAAGCAAAGUGAACAGAGACCUUAUUUACAGAGUCACAGAUUAUCAGCCCCAGCUAUUGCUGUCUUCUCUGAUAUAGAUGAUACUUUGGAAGCUUCAGCUAAGGCAGAUCCUUUGUUAUAUUGUGCAUCUAAGUCGCUGCAAGACUUAAACAUGAGUGUAGAGCCUCCAUCACCAACCGAAGAUGAUCUUCAGGGAAUGGAAAGAUUUUCAAAGCGGGAAUCAAAGAACUUUCUGCAGGUGAAAUCCAAACCCAGAUUUCAGCAAAGAGUGGCUCAAAAUAAGCAGCUUGAAAACUGUGAUCCCAAAAGCUUACAACACUUUGCAGCCAGAACCCAAAGCAGCCAGUCUUUAAAAGGCUCUGCUGCUCAAUCUCCCUCAUCCUUACUGCACACAGCUCACCAUUCUGUGGGUGCAGAAGCAAAUGACCGUUCAGAGACUAGUUCUGUAAGUCAGUGUAGCGAAGGGAAAGCUGAAGGAGCUGGAUACCAGCCAGAAACAGCUUUCCUGCUGCAAGACAAUAAAGAUAUGAUGCAUUUUAGUUCAAGUGAUAUCAACCCAUACAUUCACCCGUGGCAAGAAGAGGGAUCGUGCAAGCUGGGCUGGAAGCAGUAUGUUUUUGGAAGUGCAAGCGAUGUCUCCUGCAAUCAAAUUCCUUCCCACCUGGCAAAUCGUAAAGUGAUGAGAUGUUCCAGUGUAGACAAUGGAUUGAAUUCUCAAAAUUCUCCUUUUCACUCUCACCUCAGUUCAUAUGCCACAGCAAAAGUCUUCUCGAGCACUUUAAGCAGCAUUGAAGGCCUCCAAGGAUGGGACCAGGUCGGGCAAGGCUUUCAGUCUGCGUGCUCCAGUGACAGCACCAAGCAGUCCCGUGAAAUGCUGGGAACCAGCCCAGAAAACAACACUGCUGAAUUUGAGGCUCCUUCUGCACAACCUGGGCAGUCUUCAGUGCAGGUGGAUGAAAUUGUACUGUUGUAUCCUUCCGAGUCUGAACGGUCUUGCAACAAGCUCCCAGGGAUGAGGUGUGAGCAGGGAACGCAAACAGCGACUCCAGGGAGGUAUAAAAGGCAAAGGCGCCAUCAGAGAAGCUACACAGAUGUUUCUGCAAGGAAGCAGGAAGCAAGCAGAGAUUUAUUCCAUCAACCUUCUUCUUGGACAAGUGUGCAGAACUUGUCCAUGCACCUGUCCCAGCUUCUGCAGAACACUUCUGAGCUCUUGGGAAACCUCUCCCAACAGAGCGUUACGGAUCAUGAGCAGAAGGCCAGGAUCAGCCACAGAGGAGCUGAAGAGGCUGGGUGGGCUGCUAGAUCAGACAGCUGUACUCAGACCACAGCAGAUGUGGGCACUCAGACCCAGGCUCUGGAAGAACCUCAGAGCAAACACCCAGAAAGACAAGCGGAGGCAAAAAGGGAAAGUGAGUCAGUUCAGGCAGGAGACGCUGAUUGGAAAGGACAAGGUGCAGAUGCAGUGGGUAAAGCUCCCAAAAGGAGAGAGGAAACACUUGAAAGAACACAGGAACUAAGAGGGGUGAGGAGUCUGGGCAAUCCUGACUUCCCUGACAGCCUUGACAGCAUUCUGGAAGACUCGUUUCUGCCCCUGCCUCGUUUACCCAGAAUGUCCACUCCAACCUUAGACUUUCAGAAGACAUCAUUAAAUGCACAGGAGAAGGUGGCUUUUGCCAGCACCAGAGUUUCCUCUGUCACGUCACCUUUGCUGAGCUCAGGCCAAGAUGGUUCUUGGUGCACUGUGGUCAGCAGCCCUACUAACAGCACCUUGCAGUCUCCAGCAUGUUACACUCAGGACAACAGAAGUGUCAGCGAACCAGAAGUGCCAUCAGAAAGGAAAUGUGCUUACAAAAACACCCUGCUGGUCGAUAGGGCCUCUUCCCCUAUUCUUACACUCAGUGCUAGCCCCAACAGCCAGAGUGCUUUCAGCAAGGCUGUCUGCCCUACUAAGGAACCUCUUGGGUAUUCCAAUGGUGCUUCGAGUCCCCUUCACAGCCAGAGCAAGCAGAGAGCAGCUCCACAGUCCAGCACUCCACCACAGGUGGAUAACUUUUCCCAGACAGAAGCAGACAGUGAAUCCAGCACUUGCAGAGAACAUUUGGGCACGAGAAAGAAAUGUGGAAGCUUCUCAGAGAAGAAAGCAACCAAAGAGCUUUUAGGACAGGACGGCUCAAAAGAGCUGGAACAACAGCACAGGCUCACAGUUGACACUCACAGCACCGCCUGUGCUAAACAACUGUAUCACUCCAGUAGCAUGUUGGAGGUGUCAGGCCACGGGGAAGUUCUCACAGGUGACCUCAGAGACCACAGUCCCCUGGCACACUCGCUUCACUGUAUGGACGUGACGAGGGGAGGGAGAGGCUCUGCUGCUGGAGCCAGGCACCAAAACCACGCUGGCGAUUCCGAUCCUGCUCCCAAAGCCGACUCGCUUUUCAGUCAGACAGUCAGUGCCACUUGUAAGACAGAUGCUGGCAUGUCCUCAGGCCCACUGCUACAAGCAUCUUCUCUACAGUUUCGUGACUUCUUCUGGAGGAAGGAGAGCAGCUGCCCUCCCCCUCUCUCUGACGCCAGCGACGUGCAAACGUCCUUCCGAGAGGACACAGAUUCCCUGACUGAAAGUGACUGUGACACCGAAAUCCCUCUCAACCAAAGCGCUGGUUUUGCAAAGCCUCCCAGGCCUCGGAGCUACAGCCUCCGUGAUUUGCCCAUACACAACAAAUUCAGCAACUGGGGUGGAGUUCAGGGCAGCCCUCCUCCUCCAUCGCUCAGCUCCAGCGGCAGCGUCACCGAGCUACGGGGGAGGGCAGAAAGGAAACCUAGGGAAGGGACAUCCCAGCUGGGUGACAGCAGGAGCAGAGAGAUCGAGAGGCUUCAGAGAGAGCGUGCUCAGAUCAUGUGUGGCAUUCAGCUGGAUCUGCACCAGCAUCCCCUGACGGUGGAGCUGACGGAGGCCAAGCUGAACCACGGCAUCGGGGAGACGGACGCGCUGCUGAGAGCCCUUCAGAGCGGAGCUGCCGAGGACCUGGCGGCCACCCCGCUGAAGCAGCAGCUUUAUGAAAGACACAUGAAGACUAUUGAAACUCUGAGGAAGGAAAGAGAAAAAAGGCUGCAGAGGUACCAAAGGAGCCGAAGCCUGAGUCCUCAAAAGCACUUCAGCCUGUUGCAGACCCUGGAUGCAACUCAGAGGGACCCAGAUCUCCCCAGCAGACGCCGGGAAUAUCUGCAACAGCUGAGAAGAGACGUGGUGGAAAAUACCAGAGUACAAGAACCAAAAAGAAGAAGCCUUCAGCAUCCUUCAGACAUUGAGCUGUUGCUCCGAGACUACCAGAGGGCACGAGAGGAAACGAGAACUGAGAUAGCCCGAGCCAGGGAGAAGCUGCGGGAGAGAGCCGAGCAGGAAAAGAGGCGCAUCCGGGAGCAGAUCUGCCAUCAGCUGCAGAAGGAAGAAGCAAGGCUGAAGAAUCUGGCUAGUACAAGCACUUUAUGUACAGAUUCCAGCCUCAGCCUCUCCUCUGGCCCAACAUCUGGUUACAACAGCAGUAACACCGCUGCAAGCCCCCUCAGCAGCCAGGAUGGACAGGUUUCUCCUGGAAAUGCUUUGCUUUCAAGAGACACACGAGGUCGUUCUGCUGUCAGGAACAGUCAGCUUUAUGUGCUAGAGCAACUACAACAGGAUUCAGGGUGUGAAGCCAGCAAGAUGCAGCCAGCUCUUCCUUCCAGCAGCAUCAGCUGCAGGUUCACUCACGGAUUAACAAUUUCUGUCAGCUCCUCUUCCACAAAAGGGUACCAAGAUUUAUCCAAACACAUCUUGGCUAAUGCUACCACUGAGGUCAUGGCAGCGUGCUCACACAACCUGAGGAACCUCUACACACGCCAAGCAGCAGCUGGCUGGAAAUAUCAAUGCACAGAGAAAGAGGUGCUGGUCUACUACAAAGUCUUCCCUUCAGCAACAAGGCAUGGGUUUCUGGGAGCUGGAGUGAUUGAGAGACCUCUUCCCUGUGUGUGGGGCCUAGUGAGGGAUCCUGGCAAAAGGCAUCUGUAUGACAGAACCAUCAACACGGCUCGAAUACACAAGAAGGUGACCAGCCACAUUCAGCUGGUGUAUUUAGUGACUGACACCUCACUCUGUUACCUGAAGCAACCCCGGGAUUUCUGCUGCAUUACUGUAGAAGCCAAAGAGGAGAACUUGUCUGUGCUGGCCGUUCAGUCUGUGUAUGACGCGUCCAUGCCGCACCCCGCGAAGGAACUGGUGAGAGGGGAGAUUCUGCCCAGUGCUUGGAUCCUGGAACCUGACGUGGUGAAUGGAAGAGAUAUCACCAGAGUCAUUUACAUGGCCCAGGUGGAUCUGGGCGCCCCGGCCGUCCCCGCCAGGCUCCUCAGCUCCAUGGCCAAGCGGCAGCCGCUGGUGAUCGCUCGCCUGGCGCAUUUCCUCGCCAGGUAGCGCUGGGGCAAGGGCAGCUGAGAGGGCACAGGCAGGCACCAGCACCUGUAAGGGGCAUGGAAAACGCUGCCUGAGUAAGACAAGCCACAGGCACUGUGAGCAGAGCCCAGCUGCUGACCUUGGACUGCACAAAAGUACAUGAGAAAAGGAAGAGAGAAAAAGAAGAUGGUUUUAAGCCAACGCUGCUCAGCAGAAACCCAGCAAGGGGAUUCCCUCCACCUGCAGCCAGCUGUGGCAAAGCUCCAGGGCGCAGGCAGGAAGGUGUGCUGUCCCUAAAGAGCAGAGGAAGAGAUUUGUCUUUACAAUAGCCAGCAUCUUGUGUAGAUAAAUCAUGUGAAGUCAGUGGCUGGCUGUGCUUCCCCCAGUGAAGGGAAGGCAAAGCAGCAGCAUGAUCUCCACUACUCAUCCUACAGCCUGGACAGACUUUUCUCCCCUGAGGGGCUGCUCGUGGGCAGCAUAAAACCUGCUCCACCAUGCAGCAUCAGGGGAAACCACCACACCUCAGGAGGCAGUUCUACUGCACUGCAGAAUUAGGUGCUUUGAAACAAAGAAACCAAACUGACAGUUGUAAAGCAGUGACACUUUGCCAUUAAUAGAGAGUAGUACUGAGUAAGCAGCUUGUUUCUAGAAUUUAAACCCUGCAAAUAAGAGUAGCUCCAGCCUUUUCCCACCAUGGCUUUUUCCAUCAGCCCUUCUACACUUUCACCCAAAUGCAUCAAGAGUUGAAAGUGGAGCCUGGUCACAGCUGUAAGGCAUUUCUUUGUCCCCCGGGUGACCAGCUGUCUCACCCCAGUGGAUGCAAACCCUUCUCCUUCAGUUACCUCAUGGUGUUUGUGUUGAACUGAGCCCAAUGAUCCUGCUGUCAGGUGUUACAUGUUUGUUCAACACGCUCCCUAGUUUGCUUCCACAUUCCUCAACUGAAACAAAAACCACAACAGCCUCAGACAUCCGAGUAACUUCACAUAGUCCUUCAGCACAACGGUAAAGAAUCACUUUAGGUAUCUUGUCUAAGCAAUAAAAGCUGCUGUGAUAUGCUUUCCUUAGCUCAGAAAAGCCAACACUGGUCAAUAAGCUGUUGCACUUGGAAUCUGUCAAGUGAGAGCUAUGUAUUCAAGCAUCCCCCUUACCCCCAGGCAGCGUUUUGCCACCUGCACUUCCCACCUCUGAGUUCAAGUGCCAAGAUCUACUUUCACUAUGUAUCUUUGCACAGGUGUCAUUUUGGCUCUCAGCUUACUUCCUGUGAAGAAUAUCUUGUUUUAAAAGGAAAGAGCUGUUUUAAAUUGGCAUUUAAGAAAAUAGCAGUUUUGAGACACACCAGCCCAAGGCUUCCCCCCUCCAAAUGGUACCAGGUAGGGUAACAAAAGCCUUUCACUUACUAAUUCGCUUUGUUUUGACUUCAGAUGGCUGUGGUUACAAUCUUAACUCUGAUAAAUCACUGUUCUUUCUGGCAAGGCUCAGCCCUUUUCUUACCAGCCUGAGUCAUGGCAUGGCUCACUUUGAGUGGCAUGCAUCUUCCACAGCCUCUCAAGGAGAAAGAGGCAGCACAUCACAACAGCUGGCUGCAACUGAGCAGGAGUUCCAGAUCCACAGCCUGUCCUGUAGCUCCCCUUCCACACCCUUUCUUAUGGAAGCCAAGAGUGAAGGAGGCAGGACAUGAAAGCCCUAGAAAAAAAUGAGGAAAUGAGGCAGGGGGGAUGGGCUUUGUCCCCAGUGCUGCUCCCCUGGAUGCCUGGAGGAGGCAGGGCAGCUCUUCAUCCAACCCACAACAGAUUUGCUCGGUGCUUUGCUUUUUUUUCCCUUUUAUUUUGGACAUGGCACUAGUGAUGCAGCAGAGUUUUUUGUAGGAAAACCAUCUAGGGGGGGACUCCUGUUGAUCAAUGAUCUGCCAGUGCCUCUGAAGGAUAAUGUCUUAUUGUACAGUGCAUCAGAUGUUUAUUUUUAUAGACACAUUUUUUUCUACGUUUACAGAUUAAGUUAUUUCUAGAUGCUUGUUCUGAAGCACUUUUAUAUGCUGUGUUUUGUUUUUUAUCAGUACUGAAUUAAUGCAACUCUCUUUUUUUUUUUGUAAUACAACCCUCAAUUGAUACUAAAAAGCCUGUUUAUAUGAAUGUUUUCUUUUGCAAAUGCAACACUUGAUGGUACCUGUUACCUGUACGGCACCGGUUUGCUUGGAAGGAAGAAACCAAAACCCAGCAGAUAGUUCCUUUGUUAACCUACAAUGGGCAGAAACCCAACUUCCUGUAAGUUACUGCAGAGCAGCAGAUGAUGAAACCAAUUGUAUUGUACCACCUACUGUUGCAUCUCUGCUCUUAAUCAAGAUGGCUAUUUUCAUAUCCACAAUAAAUGGUAUUUUCUACACAAGAAGACCCGCCCCGCCGUGUUGUGCUAAGGUACCCCU